AUGUCUGCAUCCACGGGCAAAGCCGAGCUCAGGCAAAACAGUCACUCUGAAAACUCUGCAACCUCACCAGAACACCAAUCAUCCCCAAACUCUUGGACGUUGGGAGAUCGUACAUCGAAUGACCAUUCGCGGGCAAAAUCUCCUCACCAAACCGCAUUGGAGGAGCCCGAGGGACAUGACAGAAGCGAUAAGGACAGUCUACAGGGUAGCACCGAGAAAAGUAAACCAAAAGACAAGGUUAAAGCAAAUGCGACGGCCGAGAAGUUCAAAGGGAAAGAGAAGGCAAUCGAAAAGGAGAAAGUGACCUCUCCUCAGAAGAAGCCUAUGCCAAACCGCCGAUCCUCCACUCGCUUGCAGACCAACGACAACUCAUCCUUGUCCAUCCUUUCCGACGACGACGACCCCUCACCACCCUCGUCAGAAUGUUCAAAUACUGGGAAGAAGAGGUCGACGGCUGUCGUGGCGUCUGCUCUGAACUGCAACACGCUUGCUCUGGGAGGUCAUCAAUUAGAGCUGGUAGAAAUACAACGCAAGAACGAAGAAAGGGUUCGGGGUGAAAUUGGGGAGCUGAGA